AUGUUAUGCAACUCUGUGAUGUUUCCUCCACCGAAGACAUGGAUCAAAGCUCAAUGGGAAUCCAAAGAGCUCUUGACUUUCUGCAUCAAGAGGCUCCUCAAGAAGAAUCUCAACAAAGUCACGCUCACGAAUGCUGAGUUCGUGUGGACUGAGCCACAUUCCAAGAGAAUCAAAGUCAAGAUCACUGUUCAAGCCGAGGUUCUUAACGGUGCUCGUCUUGAGCAAUCUUAUUUCGUUGAGUAUACCAUUAGAGACAAUCUCUGCGAGUCUUGCUCGAGGUUUCAGGCUAACCCUGACCAGUGGGUUGCUUCGGUUCAGCUUAGGCAGCAUGUUUCUCACAGGAGGUCUUUCUUUUAUCUCGAACAGUUGAUUCUCAAGCACGAUGCUGCCUCACGUGCCAUAAGAAUCCAACAGGUUCAUCAAGGGAUUGAUUUCUUCUUUGGGAAUAAAAGUCAUACAAAUAGCUUUGUUGAGUUUUUGAAAAAAAUUGUUCCCGUUGAGUAUCGUCAGGACAAGCAGUUAGUGUCUCAUGAUGUCGAGAGCAGCGUGUACAACUACAAGUUCACUGACUCUGUUAAGAUCUUAUCUUCUUGCCUUCCCAAGUUGCUUGAGAUGGUGUGCACGAAAGUUUCCGACAACAUCACGCUGCUUGAUCCUAGAACCUUGAGGUCUGCGUUCUUGGACGCUAGACAGUACUGGAGAUCCGGGUUUCGAUCUGCUCUCACCAGCAGGCAGCUUGUGAAGUACUUAGUGUUUGAUGUGGAAGAACCACCUGUUUGCGGGCAAAAGUAUGCCUUGUCCUAUGUCCAAAUUGCACGUGAAUCAGACAUAGGGAACAAUGACAAGAUGUUUGAUGUCCAAACUCAUCUAGGACAUAUCCUGAAACCAGGAGAUUAUGCUUUAGGAUAUGAUAUAUAUGGUGCAAAUGUGAACGAUGAUGAAAUGGACAAGUAUCGUUUGAGUGUGAAGAAUGAGAGGUUUCUUGAAGUGAUUCUUAUCAAGAAAUGUUAUGACAAGGAGAGAGAGAGGAAGAAAGGGAAACCACUUGCGUUUACAACUAAGAAGCUUCCAAUGGAGAUGGAUGAGUCAAGAGGAGGAGGCAGAGUUGAUCAAGAGAAAAUGGAGAAUGAAUAUGAAGAGUUUUUGAGAGAUCUUGUAGAGAACCCUGAGCUGAGGUUUAACAUAUCAUUGUACAAGAACAAAGAUUAUCAAGAGGAGUCUGAGACUGCUUCAAUGACAGAUGGAGAAGGUGCACCGACUGUGCCUGUUGAAGAGUUGCUUGCUGAGCUUGAGCUUAGUGAAGAGGAAGAAGGCGAGUAA